AUGGCCAACGGAGAGUUUACGGAGUUACGUUCACGGGAAAAUGACAAGUCAGAUGGCUUAAGAGAAUCUGCCGCAUCUUUCAGGUCCCUCCUUCCUCCUGAAGGCUGGCCAAAAAUCCGGACCCUACCUACCAGCACUGCGACCGAAUGGUAUGAGAACAACAAAGACCUUCCCCAGAUUAAGGAAUUCCUUGAUAGUCUGAGGCUAGAGAACAUUGAGCCGUGGAAAGGGUUCACAUGCGAUGGACAGGUGGACUUAGCUAUCCAUGAUUACCAAGACGACGAAGGGGCUCCCGUCUGCGAGAUGACCAAAGCCGCAUUAAACUUGAUAACCAAAAUGUCUGACAGCCAGAAAUCUGCGACAGUAUUUGAUUCAGUAGAGGCUGACGAAAUCCGAAUAUGGUCUAAUCCCGAGUUCUACGUUAAUCCUGGCGGAUUGAGACUUGACGAAUGUUGCAAGGAGAUCCAAAUAGCUGUACAUGAUCUGUUGAAGGCUUCCUUGUCUCCAGAAGGGUACAAGAAAGUGCAAGGAUGUUGCCUCAUCAAUGGAUUUCUAGGCGAGCUGAUCAACGGCCAAGCAGUGUUGAAUGCACACUCCUAUAACUUCCGCCUUUUUGGUCGACCGCACACGAUCGAGCCAUGGGCGUUCACGUUUUUUGGCCAUCAUCUGUGCAUUGCUGUAUUCAUUCAAGGCGGGCGGAUGGUCAUUGGACCGACUUUCAUGGGAGCAGAGCCUGACUACAUCGAUGAAGGCCCGUACGCCGGCCUUCGAUUGUUCAACACAGAGGAAAUUGUUUCCCUCAAGUUGAUGCGUAGUCUCCCAGCAACACAGAGGAAAUUGGCAGCCACACAUCAUAGUGUCUUUCCCGCUGACUUGCCAUCAGGUCGAUGGGUCCCACAUGACGAGCGACAUGUUGGAGGAGCGAGGCAGGAUAAUCGAAUCGUUCCAUAUGAAGGAUGCCCUGUGUCGCUGUUCGAUGAGUCUCAAAAGGGAGACAUUGUUCAACUGUUCAUGGCAUUCAACGAGUAUUACCCUGCAUCUGUCCUGGAGCAUCGAAAACAGGUUUUUGUUUCGCAUAUCAAUGAAACCUAUUUUGCUUGGAUUGGAAAUUGUGAGAAUGAUGAGCCUUAUUAUUUCCGCAUUCAUUCACCUGUAGCAUUUAUGGAGUUUGACUUCCAUGCUGGAGUAUUCCUGGUCAAUGCCACUCCCGAUAAAUGUCACAUUCAUACAAUCAACCGUAUACCUAAUGGAGGCGACUAUGGUCGAGCAUUACUUGACACGUAUCAGCGGGCAAAAAGUGAACGAGGCGGGCUGAGUUAG